UCAUAUUCAUAGCAGUGUAGCUUAUCGUUGGAGAGCUGUCAGUAGUUUAUUAUUCGACGUCCGUCAAAAUGGAGUUGUCUUUUUCAUCAUCCUCCAGUUUUUAUAUACUUUUAACUACUUUGAUCGCGAUUAUAGCGAUAAAAACGAUCUCUUUAUUAUAUUUUCAAUUUACAUAUUGGAAGAAAAAGGGUGUACCAAUGACGCUAAAUUAUCCUUUUUUCGGAUUCAAUUGGACGGUUUUAUUUGGCCGAAAGUCAUUUCAAGAGUUAAAUGUACUAAUAUAUGAGACAUUACCAGGUGCGAAGUACGUGGGCUCUAUGGAUUUUUCAAGGCCAUUAUUGAUAAUACGUGAUCCUGAAUUAUUGAAGGAAAUAACGGUGAAACAAUUCGAUCAUUUUCCUGAUCAUCGUGGUUUCGUGGACGAAACUAUAGAUCCGAUUUUCGGUAAAAAUAUUUUUUCAUUACGUGGUGAACGUUGGAAGGAAAUGAGGAACACUUUAAGCCCGUCCUUUACAGCAAGUAAAAUGAGAUUUAUGUUCGACCUCGUUUCCAAAUGUUCGAACGAAUUCGUGAAUUAUUUCGUCGAUCAUCCGGAAGCAGCGAAGGAAAUCGAAAUGAAGGAUGCUUUUACAAGAUAUACUAACGACGUAAUAGCGACGGUAGCUUUUGGUAUUUCGGUGAAUUCGAUGAAGAACAGGGAUAAUAUAUUUUUUCGAAAGGGUGUCGAAUCAACUAAAUUCGAUGGGUUAUUGAACGCGAUCAAGUUCACCUUAUUGCGUACUUGUCCUAAAUUCAUGAAAUUAAUAGGAAUCGGCUUCUUAACUCCAUCUACGGCUAAAUUCUUCAACGAUAUAGUACGCGAGACCGUACAGGCACGCGACGAGAAGGGUAUCAUUAGACCGGACAUGAUUCAUUUGCUUAUGCAAGCAAGAGAUAAAGAAUCCAGUAAUUUGGAUAUCCAAGAUAUCGUAGCUCAAGCUUUCAUCUUCUUUUUGGCUGGUUUUGACACGUCUUCGACAUUGAUGUGUUUUAUGGUACACGAAUUGGCGGUGCAUCAAGAAAUUCAAGAUAGAUUGCGUCAGGAAAUCGACGAAGUAUUGCUUCGGACCAACGGUGAACUCACUUACGAGGAACUUUCUAAGAUGGAAUACAUGGAAAUGAUUAUAAACGAGACAUUAAGAAAAUAUCCUCCUGCCAUUUUUCUCGAUAGGCUUUGUGCCAAACGUACGGUCAUUCCUCCAUCUUUACCAAAUGGCAAAGAGAUAAUCAUUGAGGCUAAUACAUCAAUUUGGAUACCAUCUUUCGGUUUUCAUCACGAUCCGAAAUACUUCCCGGAUCCGGAAAAAUUCGAUCCGGAAAGAUUCAGCGAAGAAAACAAACAGAAUAUUAUUCCUUAUACUUAUUUACCAUUCGGCAUGGGCCCUAGAAGAUGUAUUGGUGAACGUUUCGCUCUGAUGGAAACGAAAAUAGUUAUAGUAAAUAUUCUUAAGAAAUUUAUUAUCAAACGUACGAGUAAAACGAUCGAUCCUGUCGUAUUUGAUAACAAUUCGUUCAAUCUAAAGAUCAAAGGUGGAUUUUGGAUCAAUUUGGAACAAAGAAAGAAUUGACGAGAAAGAGAAGAAAAAAUAAAAAAAUAAAAAAGAAAA